AUGCUAUGGGAGAGACUGGCUCGGCCGGGAGAGAGCUCAGAGCUGCCUCCACCAGCCUCCAUGCUCUCACAAAAUGGCGGCUCGGUCGGUAGAAAGGGGGGUGGGGGAGUGGGGGAGGAUUGCUGCCUGGCUGGCUGGAAGGUAUCAUCAUCAUCAUCAUCAUCAUCAUCAUCAUCAGCUUCAUGGGUGCUUUCAUGGAUCACGUGGGAAAAUAAGUGUGAAUGGAACAACCCUCGCCUUCAUUUGAUGAUGGAGCGCUUCUAUUUCUGUGCUCGUCCUCUGGGCAUGAACAGAGCAAAGUCUAUAACUACUACUACUACUACUACUACUACUACUACUACUACUACUACUACUACUACUACUACUGAUAUUACUAACUACUGA